ACAGCAUCCAGCAAGCCAGGCAAACUGAGCGUGAGCCGUGGACUAGAGCGAGGGAGAGAGAGGGGAUGGCACCGAGAUAAAAGAAGGAGAGAAAGAAGACUGCUCUUCUACUCACCUUGACAAGCAAGUCCAUGUCGGCGGCGGUGGAUUUUUCUGCACCUAAGAAAAAGAUUUAGAAACCAGACAAAAGAGGACCUGGAAUCUUGAACAGCUCUGCUUUCCCUUCCUGCUGAGUGCGAAGAGAUAGAAAGAAGUGAGCGGACCAAGAUCUUCAUCUCUGUUCAGCCACGAUAAUCACUUCAGAACCGUUUAGUCGUGGUAGAGAAAAACAGCACUCUGCUGCUCACCUUUUUACAGAUGUGUUUAUGCACAUUUAAUUUCAGAAAGAAAAGACAGGUGGAUUAGUUGCUUUUUUGUCUCUGCGGAUCCGCGAUCAAGGAUAGCACAGGUCUCUCACAGAAAGAGAAAGGGGAAUUCAAACUCCGUGAAACCUUCAGCCCUGGGCACUUUUCUCAGGAUUUAUUUUUCCCCUCUUCAUACUUGAGCCUGGCACGUGCCCUUGGGAAAACGCACUGGGCUGCCAUUGGUGUGGCAUCACGCCGCUACACCUUCACGCGGAGCUCCCUCCCUCAGCGAGGUGAAGUCCCCGCUUCACCCCGCUGUGAGACGACAAGAGGGUUUAGAAUAAGAAGGCGGUUCUUCCCCCCCCCCCAAGCCAGGCUUUUGGCUUGCUUGAACAGACGGAGAAGACUUUAGCCCCUCGUCCUUUGACUCCCGUGCCUGGAGGGUUUGUGUGAGUGUAGAGGGGGGUGGGGUGGGGAAAGGCGGUGCACCAGCAGCAUUGAGGAAGAGCUUGUGAUCACUAAUUGGUCUGUUCCCUUUUCUUUCGGGGUUUUGUUUACCUCCCAGCUGACGGACAGCCGAAGAAAAGAAAAACAAAAAGCAAGAACACCCGGCUCCCUGCCGUGCCCGCGGACAGGAACUAAACCCUGAAAAAGACUUGAAAAACCACAGAGAAAAGACUACUGGGUGCCUUCAGUGUCAGCUUUACAAUUUUUUUUUCCUUUUCUUUGCAUUGGUGGCAACUACCACCCUCAGCCCCUCGCAGAGCCCGCCUCAGCCACAGAGCUGUGGCCGACUAGAGGGUGGAGACGAACUCUCCGGGUUCACUAGCGCCUUACAGCUGGAACGAAACAAGUCCUCUUGAAAAAGCGAGCAGCAUCCCAGACCGCAGCCACUCACCACGGCACGUGCUUGCUGUCCUGUGCUCCGUGAGGCGGCGGUGGCGGCGGUGGCGGUGGCGGUGGCGGCGGAGAUUGGGCACGCCAAGGAGGGGAGUCCGGCCAAGAUGAGUCAGUGCAGGAAGAGGUGUAAGAGACAGCUGACCAAAGUGGCUCGCUACUUCUACCGCUUCGUCACAGGCACGCUGUCCCAAGACAGCAUAGAGGACGACUUUGAGCUCUCCACUGUGUGCCACCGGCCAGAAGGCUUGGACAAGCUCCAGGAGCAGACGAAAUUCACCAAGAAAGAGUUGCAGGUCCUCUACAGAGGCUUCAAAAACGAGUGUCCCAGUGGAGUGGUCAAUGAGGACACCUUCAAACUGAUCUAUUCCCAGUUCUUCCCCCAGGGAGAUUCAAGUACAUAUGCACAUUUCCUGUUUGAAGCCUUCGAUACACACAAAAAUGGAUCUGUCAGUUUUGAGGACUUUGUCAUGGGCCUGUCCAUCAUCCUCAGGGGCUCCAUCAAUGACCGACUUAACUGGGCUUUCAACCUUUAUGAUCUCAACAAAGAUGGCUGCAUUACCAAAGAGGAGAUGAUGGACAUAAUGAAGUCUAUCUAUGACAUGAUGGGGAAGUACACCUACCCUUCCAUGCAAGAGGAUGCUCCCAGGGAACAUGUGGAAAACUUCUUCCAGAAAAUGGACCGGAAUAAUGAUGGAGUGGUGACUAUUGAAGAAUUCAUUGAAUCAUGUCAAAAGGAUGAGAACAUCAUGCGGUCCAUGCAGCUGUUUGACAAUGUGAUUUAGUGAGCGUGCUCUUGGAGGCAGAGGUGCUCGUACGGACUGGACUCCCUGAUGCUUCACCAGCACCCUGUCCGACUGGCCAGAGCCAAGGGCGCACUUUGGGUUUUUGUUUCUUUCUUUACCCUGGAAAUGUGAAGGAAGGGAUGUGAAGGGAACAGACUGGUUUAAAAGUCAGAAAAGGCAACGGAAAUAUGUAGUUGUUUGUUUUUUUUCAAAGCAGUCGUUUUUGAGCUGGACUUCAGAGGCCUUCCUUGUGUUGAGGUGGUGAUACCAGCUCUACAGUACAAACUGCAGAAACUUUGAAGGAGUGGGAAACAAAAAACCAAACAACCAGGAUGUAAUCUGAAUGCGCUGCAGACAACAGCAAUUUCACAUUAACUGUUUUUCUAAUCGCAUGUCCACGCCUCUAACCUACACUCUUCAAAAUAUUUAUAAGAAUUACUCCAAAGCCUGCCUGAUGUUUCUGUGUGUUUAUUUACAGGUGCCUCGUCUUGUCCUACAUCUGUCCUAUCAGAUUCUAUUGUUAUUUCUGUGGCUGAAUCUAACAACCCCCUUCUCUCCCACAGAGGACUUUUCUACCAUUUUAACGAAUGGUUAUAUGUGCUGAGACAUUCCAGAGAGCUCCUGCUAAACAGGUGGAUCUGCAGUUUCACUCUAUAGCUCAUGCUGUGGUUGUUCUACCUUCAGUUUGAAAACUGUAGUCACAAUCUGGAGACAGUUUUCAUUCCCAACAUCGUGAAAUAUUGUGGGACUAAGGCUGACUAUUCAGAAAUUACUGUGUGUCUAUAAAGUGGUAUUAAUAUGCCAUGCAUACGUCCACUGACAGAACCAGGAACAUGAAAUAAACUGUUCAAGUCCAUCCAUUUGUUCAUUGAGCUCUAAAGUAAAACUUACAUGACACUAUUGACCAUAGCAGAGAUCAGCUGGUGUUGCUCUGUUGAUUGAAUAAACUUGAGGUGGUAAUAUAAAGGAAAACGUACUCAGAUUAAAAAAUUAAAAAACGUAUUGUUUGUGAAGUUGCCUGGCUUGCCUGCUAUUUAUUUUGAAUUAUUUUAGACAUUUAAUUUAUCAUCAACUAUUUUCACAUGUCAUCAGAGAGUUGCUUCAGAACAUGGAAAACACUUCUCCAUGGGAUUGUAUGGAGUGAUGUAUUAACUACUGUACUGUACGUUGAAAUGGAGCUUAGUAUGGGAGAUAAAGACUCUUUGACUGUUUACUGGUUUAUAGGAAGUGGGCCCUUGAUUGUGGCCACCACUCUGAUUGCAGACUGGCCAUACAGUCUAGAGUUCGGACUUGCAGUCUGGGAUGUUUUUUUGUUAGCCAAUAGAGAACUAGAACUGCAGGAACCAGACUGUUCUGUGCUGCCAGGGAUCUUGAAGUUCUGUUUUACUGAGUAGGCAUCUCUGAGUUGGUCGUCUCAACAUUGAGAACUUUAGCUGUGCAUUUGAUGUCACACAAGACUGUAGCUCUGUUGUUUGUGCUGUGGGCACAGUAGCUAGACAGAGCCCAAUGAAUUACUCCUGGGGUUGUAUGAGGGUUAUAUGAGGUACAGGGGUACACAAUUACCUGGUUUAUUAACCAUUGGAAGCUAUCAAUGGAAAUCUACCUUACAAUUCCAAGACAAAGACCAACUACGCAUAAACUGCAUGUGUCUUUGUGACAAGUAAUACAGUAAGUCACAUAAACCUGCACCACAGUAAGUGGUCCAAAGAAGACAAAGCUCAAAAUAACCAGAUACAAAGGAGUGAGAUGAUUUUGUUGUGCUAUAUGACUUGACUCACAGUUGCCCUCUACAGUUUGCAAUAUAUAAAAAGUACAUGUAUUAAAUACACUGCACAGCCUACAGCAUACUGUACCAAAACACUAUGUAUAUUAUAUAGUAUAGUGACAGGAUAUACACACAGGAUAAACAGUAUGUGAGAAGUGGUGAUACAACCUUGGGAUACACAUUAUAGAUCUAAAGGAAUCAAGUCAAUACACAUUUGUAUUAGGCCUUAACUGCCAUGGCCUCAACAACAAAGAAAAUAAAUCUGCUUCCUCCUAACUGCAAAUACGUUGUAUAAAACAUGUACUGUAGUUCUGGAUACUUUCAUGCUUAUCCUAGAAGAGAACUGUUUCUGCUACAGUAUGGGAGCAAACAAUUCAGUGGGAAGGAGCUUGUGACUGGAAAUUUCAUCCUAUUUCAAAUCUGUACUUUGAGGCCUGUGUGAUUUCUUAUUUAAUAUGACCAUUAUAAACAGUAUACGCAAUUUGUAUUUGUUAGGGGGGGUUGAAUCCCAGAGUUGUAUUUUUAUAGGUUUUGUUUAACAGUUCUUAUUGUGUUAUUGCUUUCAUUUUUCGUUUUUCCUUUUGUACUUGUACUUGUGGAAGCAAAUUUGCAUGAGUCAUAGACUGGCUGUAAAUACUAUUUAAUGAGAAAGCAAAAACAUUGCAUGUGGAUGUUCCCAAGGAUAAGAUCAGGCCAGUCUACCCACUAGGUAUUGCUGUUUCCUGUACAAUGUGACUCCAUCCAAGCACCAGGCUGAGUUCUGUAAGAUCUCACAAUACAAGCCUGCACAAUGUGAUCUUUCUAUGUAUUUUAAUGCACCAACAACUCCAAGUAAAAAAAUUCUGGUUCAGAA